GAACCCCUCUCCCUUCAUAUCUUCGUUCGCUUCUCGCGGCGGCCAGCGCAAACACCUCGCGACGCCCGCCAUCGAAGCUUCUCGAAGUCGAGCCCUCCUCCUCUCGUCGUACCUCGCCGCUUCCGAGUCGCAGGAACGAUGACCCGGCGGAACAGCUGCACGAUCUACGUGGGCAAUCUCCCAGGCGACAUCCGUGAGAGGGAAGUAGAGGAUCUCUUCUACAAGUAUGGUCGUAUUGUGGAUAUUGACUUGAAAAUUCCUCCAAGGCCUCCUGGUUUUGCUUUUGUUGAGUUUGAAGACCCACGUGAUGCUGAAGAUGCAAUUUAUGGUCGUGAUGGAUACGAUUUUGAUGGCAAUAGGUUGCGGGUGGAAUUAGCUCAUGGUGGAAGAGGACCUUCUUUUUUUGAUCGAUCAAGCAGUUAUAGCAGUGUUGGACGACGUGGUGCAUUUAGACGUUCUGAUUACCGCGUUAUGGUUACUGGAUUACCUUCUUCAGCAUCAUGGCAAGAUCUCAAGGAUCAUAUGCGGCGAGCUGGUGAUGUGUGUUUCUCUGAUGUUUACCGUGAGGCUGGAGCAACUAUUGGAGUAGCUGAUUAUACCAACUAUGAAGAUAUGAAACGUGCGAUAAGGAAGCUUGAUGACUCAGAGUUUCGUAAUGCAUUUUCACGGACAUAUAUCAGGGUGCGAGAAUAUGAUUCUAAGCGCAGCCGCUCGCGCUCCAGAGGCAGAAGCCGUAGCCGCUCUAACUCGAGAAGCAGAAGCCGCAGCCACUCUUACACGAGAAGCAGAAGCCGCAGCUAUAGCAGUAGUAGGAGUCCGAGAUCUAGGUCUACUUCUCAGUCAAAGUCACCUGAUAAAGCGAGAUUUGGGCCAUGCGAUGAUCUGGGGAUUGCAUUGGUAGGAUAUUGGAACAUUGAGAACCAGAUGGUUUGGAACAUUGGAUAGUUCAGCUGGAUUGUGACGCACUAUAUGACAAUGGACUACAACCAGUGAUAGGUGCAAGAUAGGGCUGGCACUAAACAUUUAUGGACUGGAGUUUGUGAUCGCCAUCCAGAUCCCAGUCAGCUGCAGCUGCUUCUCCCCCUUGUGACAAGUCUGCAAGCAAGAGCCCCACCAGGAGCAGAAGUUUGUCCCGAUCUCAAGUCUCCUGCUAAAUCUGAGUGAAAUAAAGAUGCACUCAAAACCUUCAGAAAUUAUUUUGGAUCUGUGGAGCUCGGACAAAAAGACUACAACAUGGAUUAUGAGCACUCUGUUCUGAGUUAGCAUGGGUCAAUUAGCAUUGCUAUUCCAUUCCAUAAAAAAAAAAAAACCAGUUCAGGUCUUGCCAUUCGAUAAUUCUUCAGGUGUUUGUUAUGUUUUACUACGUACCUGCGAGGAUGCAAAGUUAUCAUGUUUCCCUAACUUUGUGCUAUGACAGAAGUGAUAUGAGUUCCACAAUCUAGUUGAAUUUAUCAGUAGUAACUUGAGGUAGUAUCUGCGGUGGCAUUCAGUUUAUAUCUGUUUAUGCAUCCUGCUUGUGCUGGUUGGCCAUUAAUUUGCCGUCUUUCCUUAUGCAGCAAUUUUAUCCUUGCUGUAUCAUUCAUUGCUGCGUUGUAUCAUCGUUCAACCAUUGGUUUGUUCUAUUGUUUCCUUUCGGCUUAGUGCUACAGAAUUUGUCUAGGCGUUCCCAUGAUCUAUGUCGGACGAGGAUCUACCGAAGUCGCGCGUCAUCGCUUAUGGUCUACGCGUCAGCAACGAAGUCACCAAGACUUCGGGGAUUCAGAUCCAUCUAUGUCCCGUUUUCUGGGUUCAAUGGUCUGCGGCCUGGUUUGCCUGCCCGGAAGUUCUCUACGGACCUGUCACAGAAGCAAGGUAGAAGGGGCACCUGUUGGGAAGGCAACCCUUUACCAACAGGUGCCUGGAUAGCAACCGCCAUGGGCGGAUGGUGGCAAUGAGAUUAACCGCAACACUCUCCCUUGAUCGAAUUGUUAUUUGUAUAUUGAUCAAUGAAUAACUCCUCUAAAAUUCCUGUGGAAAAAAUAUGAGGAGAGUUGUGAUUGUAAUAUACCAUAGAAAAACUCUUUGAAAAUCCAGUGAGAAAAAUCUUAGGAGAAAA